ACUGCGUACAGGUCAGAUUUACGUCUCUUCGCCAGUCUUGGGUAUCUUCAGUCUGUUUUUACUACGUGCCUGGAGCCGUGUUAGGAAUUGACUCAGACUGAUCUCACUUUGAUAGUUAGCCUGCACUGCCUGGCUUCCCCGCCAUCAACUACAUUACGACGUUGAUUGAUCAUACCCUCCUUUAACACGCUUCUGUCUCUUCCCCGUCGACUGCACCUUGAUUUUUUAACACUCAGCCUAGUGAUCCCGGGCCCCCGUCAAUCUGUCUCCCAUUUUGGACCUUCUCGGUCGUCAGGAUGUCUGACCAGGCGAUCCUGCGUAUUACCAGGGAAAUCAAGCAGAUUCAGCAAGGCGCAGACCUCUCUCUCGCAGUAUACUACGAUGAUUCUGAUAUCCGGAGUGUCCGUGCUCUCAUUCUCGGCCCUCCAGAUACUCCCUACCAGUUCGGCUUCUUCGAGUUUUUGAUCAAGUUCGGAAAAGACUACCCGGCGACAUCUCCGAAUGUUCGCGCCCUGACCACUAACGGUGGUCGCAGCCGCUUUAACCCAAACAUCUAUUCAUCUGGCCGGGUCUGCUUAUCGAUUCUAGGAACCUGGCGAGGCGAGAGUGGGGAGCAAUGGUCGUCUGCGCAGUGCUUAGAGUCUCUUCUUAUCUCGAUUCAGAGCUUAAUGUCGUCUAACCCCUACGAAAACGAACCCGGAUAUGAAGGCACACGAUCUUCGAGUGAUAAAGAGAACAUGGAAGCUUACGUCUCCAAGAUACACCAUGAAACUCUCCGUCUUGCCGUCCUUGAGCCUCUUGAGGCAUCUCUUAACAUCUCACUUGAGGGGGAUGCGGACUCGCUAGCUGAUCCAACAUCUGAAGGCGAUGAUAAUAUCAUCUAUGAAGAUGGGAGGUCUUCCUUUGACCCGUUUUCGGAUUUUCGCAAGAAGCGUUUCUUGUGGUAUUAUGAGCCCUACAUGCAAUCGCUUGUCGCUGCAGAGAAGAAACACUCUCGCAAAACAAAAUUCCAGAGAAUGCCUUUCGAGGGCGGCAACAAUAGUAUGGAUGGUCAUUUCGACUAUCCGGAAUUAAGACGGCGGAUGGCGGUGGUCAAAGACGCCAUUCUUCGAGAAACACGCGGUUGGGCUGUAGAAGGACAAUUGGCCAAGAAGCAAGAAUGGGGUAUUGCAGCGAGUCUGCAACGACAGUACGAACAAAUUGUUGAAAACCUCAAGCAUCAGAACAACAUUACGGUCGAUCUAUACCUUGAUGAGGGGAACCCAUUCAUGUGGAGGCUCACGUACUUUGGACGACCCAUGACGCAACUGGAUGGUGGCAUGUUCAAGGUCCUGAUACACCUGAGUCCGCGAUUUCCCGAAGAACAGCCCCGUGUGUUUCUCGAGGCAUCGUCUUUCUUUCAUAUUCGUGUGUCCAAAGAAGGAGUUUUAUGCUACGUUCCAAGGCGAACAGAGGAAAUGCGCUAUCACAUCGAGGGGAUUGUCGCAUCUCUAGAAGAAGAACACCCACCCUAUGACCCACGAACCACAGUUAACCCCGAGGCAACCAAGUUGUUUUGGGGAACACCGGAAGAUCGAAGGAAGUACAACCGAGAAUUGCGACGAUCAGUAGAGAGGACCGUUGAAUCAUAGCACGCCUGAGCCUACAUCAGCCUAGGUUAGUGAAUUAGUAGAGGGCUCAGCUAGAACGUUUCUGUGCUCUGUGUCAUGGGACAGAUAUCUUGGCUACAAUGUCCUGGAUUUCGGGCCUAUACUUCCUCACUCCUACUUUAUUCAUUCUUUCCCAGAUCUUCAAGCCGCUUUAUCAGCAGAAAAGGGCAAGGGUUUUAUCACCAGGGCUUCAGGUGUGCUGUAGCAGCUAAGAAGAAUUGAAAAGGAGAGUUCCCGUUCAAUUAGUGCAUCGUAGUAACCAUUCA